AUGACCGUGCCGAAAACAAGCCUGAUUCAGCACUUGAAGAUUCGUAUUGCGAUUCGAGUAGAGAAACCACCGAACACCUCAAAUACUGCGGCUAUUGUUACUGUCUUGGACGGAUGGCAUGGAAAAAAUGGAAACGACGGUUUUUUUGUUUUAGUCCAAGUUUCCCAGUAUGCAUUCGCGGUGUGCAGUUUCCGACAGAAGAAAUCAGAUCCGACGGAAUUCGUGCAGGUCGACGGUUUUACCAUCGACUAUAUGCCGGAACCAGAUCCUGAACUCGCUGCUCAAGGCGGUAAACACUUCUUCACGGCCAUCAAAGAGGGAGACGAGCUGAAAUUCGCUACUGACGACGAGAAUGAGCGACAUUUGUGGGUUCAGGCUUUAUACCGUGCUACUGGACAAGCUUACAAGCCCGUGCCGCCAAAACAGUCCACGGUGUUGCUCCUAAGGCGCAAGGUUUCCAGGACAGCUCACUAG